AUGAAGAUUGAAGGCCGCACAUUCCUCAUCUCCGGCGGCGCCUCCGGCCUGGGCGCCGCAACGGCGACCGAGAUUGUCAACCACGGCGGCAACGCCGCCAUUCUAGACAUGAACGAGGAAGACGGCCAGCCUUUCGCCCAGUCCCUCGGCCCCUCGGCCCGCUUCUUCCCCUGCAACGUCCUCGAGACAGCGUCCGUCACGUCCGCCGUCGAGGGCGCCGCCGCCUGGGCCGCGUCCGCCAAGAAGCCCUUCGGCGGCGUCAUCCCCGCCGCGGGCGUCGGCCUGCCGGCCGCCAUGCUCGGCCGCGACAACGAGCCGCUGCCGCUCGACGACUUUGACUUUGUGCUCGCCGUCAACCUGCGCGGCACCAUCGACCUCGUGCGCCAGACGCUGCCGCACCUCGCGGCCCAGCCGGCGUCGGACCCCGACGGCGAGCGCGGCGUCGUCGUCAUGGUCGCGAGCGCCGCCGCCUUUGACGGCCAGCGCGGCCAGGUCGCCUACGCUGCGAGCAAGGGCGCCGUCGUCGCCAUGACGCUGCCCAUGACGCGCGACCUCGCGCGCCACGGCAUCCGCGUCGCCACCAUUGCGCCGAGCCUGUUCGAGUCGAGAAUGACGAGCGUCCUGCCUGACAAGGUGCGCAAGAGCCUCGUCGGCGCCACGGAGUUUCCGAGACGCCCGGGCCAGCCUGAGGAGUUUGCAGCCCUCGUGAGGCAUGUCGUGGAGAAUGUCAUGCUCAACGGGACCGUGUUGAGGCUGGACGGCGGCAUGAGGAUGCCGAGCAAGAUGUAG